GCUCUCCUUUUGUUGAAGCGUUACCAGUCACGUCUUAUUUUUGCAUUUACGAGUCACUCCUUUGUAGGAGUCAUCGUAUCACGAGUUUCCACACACAGCAACAAAGUUAGAGCUUUCACAUGCAUUCUUUCCUUUUCCUUAUCAGAUAUGAUUCGAGACCAGCGUGAUGAAGAGCGAGGCAUCUACGUUGCCCCUCCUUUGACGGAUGAUGGAAUCGAAGAUGAAGAUCUCGACAACCCCGUGACACAUGUGCUCAACGUUGAAACCAACCACCAUGGCCAUGAUGGCACAAGCUUUCGUAUGCCAGUCUGGCUCAGAGAAUCUUCUUCUUCUUUCCAAUGGCGUUGGAUCCCUCUUCCACUGCGAAAGGCUGGUCGGGUUACAGCCCGCUGGGUCAAAGGUCCCGAUCCACCUCAUGAUUUGCUGUUUCAGCCAUUAUUUCCCAAAAUCCAGGAGAUACCGGUGAAGUUUUUCGAUAGAUAUGCUCCCAGGAAGGCACAUAAAGUGGCAUUACUUCUUUUGGUAUAUUUUCUUUGGCUGUUGCCAUGGUUCCUUAUUAUUCUCAAGGCCAAUACAUCUGGCAAUAUUGAAGACUAUGGUCGACCACAGGUCAUAUCAUGUGCGGCAAGCUAUUGGGCCGCCGGAAAUCGCUGUGGCUUGAACGGGAAUGAAUGCCGGCCCUUUGACGCCUCUCACCUCGCAUUCCGUUGUCCAGGUAAUUGCAAAUCAGUCAUCCUUCAACAGGAACGGACCGUUGGCAACCAAACCCUCAAUUACCAGUCUCUUGUUGUUGGUGGCCCGGAACCCGACUCUUCUGAACUGGGCAUCUAUCGAGCUGAUAGUUUCAUUUGCCAAGCUGCAAUCCAUGCAGGUGUCGUGAGCGAUUCAAGUGGUGGCUGCGGCGUGCUGAAAUUGAACGGCGCAGGACACUCAUUCCCAUCGUCCACUCGGAACGGAAUCACUUCGACUGGGUUUCCAUCGACAUUUCCAAAGUCUUUCUACUUUUUGUCACUUUCCGAUUCACAAAACUCCUGUCCAGCAGAUCCACGAUGGCCAUUGCUCGGCAUCACAGCGGCUUCCGUCGCUAUAAUCAGUAUUUUCACACUAUCUCCAGGAGUUUUCUACUUUAGCACUUUUAGUAUGCUCAUUUUACACGUGGGAGUCGUAUCUGACCCUCCAUAUUUCCCUUCACUAGCGGAGUUAUUUUCUAUUUUGCUCUCUCGCCUACUUCCGGCAUGCUUUAUAGCAUACGUUCUUUAUCUCUAUGCGGCUCGACCACUUUUGCAGCGAGUAGCGCAUCCAGGAUAUCAAAUUGAAAAGUCAAUCUUGUACUUGACUCCUGCAUUUAUCGGUGCCCUGAACAACUACACAUUCGCUCUCUGGAUACCCCUUCAACGUCUGACUCCACAUGAUCUGGCAAACCAACCUGGUGCCAAGGUUGCACUCGCUACUGUGGUUUCAAUAAUUAUCGUGAUUGUGCUAAGUCAAGCGUGGCUAAUUCGUCAAGCGGGCUUAAUGCCACGCUAUUUAAAGGUAUAUCUUUCAUUCGUCGCCAUACUUCUUUUCCUGCUGGCAUUGCCGGGCCUUCGACUUCGGAUUCACCAUUAUAUACUUGCAAUGUUGCUUAUGCCAGGCACCAUCAUUCCAACUCGUGCAUCUUUCAUUUACCAAGGGUUACUCUUGGGCUUAUUCGUCAACGGUGUCGCGCGGUGGGGUUUUGCGUCUAUUAUUGAAACACCCGCAGCUCUAGGAGAAGAUCCAACAGGUCCCGGUGGAUGGUGGGGUGCUUCAUAUCCCAAUAUCACCAAUGCAUCUGUGUCCAUUCAUUUAGACAAAGCGUCCCCGAUGCAUCCAAUAUUUUACAAUAAUGCAAUUGGCAGUGGCAGUGGCUCCGCAUAUCGUGGUAAUGGAAACAUUACAUUUCAUCUCUGGGAGCGACAACGCAUGGAGCAUCUCGGUGUUGACGGUAUCAGCGUUCUUUUGAACGACGUCGAACGUUGGCGGGGAUAUCUCGAUGAAGACCGAAAGGGGAAAUUCACCUGGCGUCGACAGGGUCACCGGGGUUUGGAACUAGUCAAUUACAGUGACGACCUCAAUUUACAAGAUGUUGACAGCGGGGAUGAAUCUGACGAUGACAUGGUUUCUUUCACGGUGCAAAAGGAUGAAUUACACCGAAGAUCGUCAAUAACUGAGCAAGCAAAAGAUGAAAAUGAGGACGAGCCACAAGACCUCUUUUUCCGCUUCGCCUUUUUGAAAGGAUCUGAAGCUGGACAUUAUGGGGGAGCUGGUGUUUGGCUUCGGGAUGGAAGAUGGAUUGAUCCCCCGCCGCAACAGAAGCGAGGUUCAUGA